AUGACAACAGGGCCUAUCACCAACACGACCAACAACAAUAGAGAAAACACUAUUACCACAUCUCACGAUCACACUCCACACCGAGGGGUUGCGAAAGACUACUACUUCAAUAUCACCAGCAGGCCACAGUUAUGGGAAACCUUUCGAGAUCUUGAUAACGCCAUCCAUUUUGCAGAAUGUAGGGGGCGCUUAAUAGACGAAGCAACACAGAACUUCGUAGUCGAUUUCGGGAACGAUGAAGCGCAUGCGGCAUUUGAUCUUGGGGAGGAGGACUUUGCUGCAUUGCUGAGCUCGAAGAGACCCAAAUCUUUAGAAACAAGAUGGAUUAAUAUAUGGUCACCCGAACACCAACGGGAGCUAGUCCAGACUGUAACUAGCAACUACAAAAUUUCUGCUCGCCUCCAAGCGAUGAUGGUUUCGAAGCCUGUUACUCCUUCACAAGAUAUCCGGGCAGUUUCUCCCAAGCUCACAUCCAGAGACAUGGAAGAGCCCGAGCCAGGCUCAGAAUCAGGAGGAAAGUCUUUACCAGCUUCCGUGGUAGAUCUUGAGGGAGGAUAUUCGCUAGAGGGUAUCCGAAGGGCGGGCGAGGCACUUUCCCCCAUCAUUGGGACGGGAUUUAACAUGAUUUCGCUUUCCCAAAUCGUCGAUAAGAUAUGGCAUUUUUCGUCGGUGGACUACGGAGAGAAAUCUCCUAUACUCGUGAAACUGACUCUUCAUAAUGCAGGAACCGUGAUAUCCAUUCAUGAAAACCCAUUUCCUAGUCCAACUAGUUUGAAUCCGGCACAGCGACAGCAAGCCGUCGAGGUCAUUCGACGAAAUACCAACUUAGUGUUCUCCGCGAUAUCCUCGCAGCACAUUGCGAGCGAAAACAGCAAUGCACUCAUCACGACGUACGUGAGGAAUUUCCCGAACGAAACAGGUACGGCAGCAAUUAAAACCGGGGAAGGGCCCAGCUUGCUAUUCUAUUACCUAUUCGAUAACUGGCCUGCAAACUAUAGCCUGGUUAUCGGGAGGGAGCAUUCUUAUAGCGCUGCGCUCGAUCAACUACGCAGGCGUAUGGUCGAGCGAGCGCAGGUGCAGUUGAUUGACGACCUGCACAAACUAGGAAGACAGCUCGCAGUCCUCAAACGCAUCUACCAAAGCUACGAUUUGAUUGUCAACCGCGUGCUCAAGCGGCAGCGUUUGCUCCGAGAAGAGAUUAGGAACGCUCAACCCGUAAACGCUCAUCAUCCUAACCACCAACGUGAUAGCAACUUCGGCUUCGAUUUCUUGAGCAGCGGGAACACCUGGAAAUCUAACGGAUUUGACGAGAUGAAUCCGAGCGAGUUAGGCGGCAUCCAACUUAGCUCUGCUGCUAUUGGCCGUUUCGAAAGACUGCUCGAUCGAAUUCGGCUGUACGCCUUGAGUGAAAUUGAUGAGUGUUUGGCCGAGAAAGAAUCCAUGACGUUUAUGGUGUUCAAUUUAAUCGCCGUCAAAGAUUCGCAGGCAGUCGAAAGGCUGACUAGAACCACAAUUCUUAUAGCCAAGGCAACCAUUUUAUUCCUGCCAGUCACUUUAAUGACAUCCUAUUUCUCAACGGAGAUCGAGGAACUUCAGGGCGUGUACACGGUGAAACAAUAUUGGAUUGCAUUUGCGGUGCUCCUAGUGCUGUCAGCGCUAGUUCUUGCGAUAUAUGGAUGGGCCGCUGAUACGGUUGAGGGCAAGACUAUCUAUGUGUCCUUCGCAAAGAUCCCAAAAAGUCCCGUGAUUGUUGGGCUGAGGUCACGUUAUCUGGGUGACAAAAGCUACGCUUACCGCCGAAUUCCUCGUGCUGCCAAAAUUCCACAUUCAUCCCAUCCACUUUGCUGGACCUCCGCAACUUCAUCCCCCAUCGACUCCUGGCCAGUUCCAUCUCCAGCUCGUCCCCCUGCCUCUUUUCCGCGCCCGUCUCUUAAGAUCCCUUUUCUCCAAUCCCUUCCCUCGUGUCCCCUCCUCAAUACCGCCAAGAUGGGUAUGGCAUUUUCGAAACUGUUCGAUAGAAUAUGGGGCAAAAAGGAAAUGAGAAUUCUCAUGGUCGGUCUUGAUGCUGCUGGCAAGACCACCAUUCUGUACAAGCUGAAACUUGGUGAAAUCGUUACAACCAUCCCUACCAUUGGCUUCAACGUCGAGACUGUCGAAUAUAAGAACAUUCAAUUUACAGUGUGGGACGUCGGUGGACAGGACAAGAUUCGACCUCUGUGGAGGCACUACUUCCAAAAUACCCAGGGUAUCAUUUUCGUGGUUGACAGCAACGAUCGUGACCGUGUUGUCGAGGCUCGGGAGGAGUUGCAGCGAAUGCUCAACGAAGAUGAAUUGCGCGACGCAUUGCUCCUGGUCUUCGCGAAUAAGCAGGAUCUCCCGAACGCCAUGAGCCCAGCUGAGAUCACCCAACAGUUGGGCCUCCAGAGCUUGACACGACGCGCAUGGUACAUUCAAUCCACAUGUGCUACGACUGGCGAUGGUCUCUAUGAGGGCCUUGAGUGGUUGGCCAAUGCGUUGAAGAAGGCGGGUCAUGAGUAAACGUUCAACAUGAAUUGAUGUGGAAAUAAACCAAACAACCUCUUCCUCAUUUUCAACCACUAACUUUCAUUUCCCCCUUUCCCUCGUCGACACUUUCAAUACACCUGGGGAAAGAUAUGCGUUGUGUGUUCUAUUGGGUGCAAGCGGGUAAAAAAAUCAUAAGGGUGUGUUGGCAUGUUCUGAGAGGGAUCUUGAAAGCCUCCUAAAAAAAGAGAAAACAAAUAAAAACAAAACGAAAAAAAAUGCUCCUUUUCCUAUAUUUGCUUCGUACUGGCGUCUUUUCUCCUUUUUAGUUCUCUCUGCUUGCUCUUCUUCCCCUUGCAUCCCCAUGUUCCCUUCAUGCCACCAACGCGCAUAAUUCUUCAGCUUCUAUAAAUCUUUUUGCUUUUCCCCGCCCCUUCGCCCGCUUCUUUUCCCUUUCGUUUUCAUGUUCUUUUCAUUGUUCAAUUUUUAUUAUGUUAAACUCGCUUUUUUAUUUUAUUAUUUUAAAUUACUAUAUUAUCUUAAAUUCUACCUACAUC